AUGUUGCUACACAGGAAUCCUCCUGAAAAUGCUAUGGCUCCUCCUGCCGACGGUAGACCGGCUCCUACUCAAGCCACAAAUAAGCGUUUCCAGCAGACGCAAGCUCAAGUGAACGAGGUUGUCGAUAUUAUGCGCGUCAAUAUGGAGAAGGUGCUUGAAAGGGACGCUGCCCUGGGCAAGCUGGACGAUCGUGCUGAUGCCCUCCAAGCUGGGGCUUCACAGUUCGAGGCAAGCGCCGGGAAGUUAAAGAACAAAUACUGGUGGAAAAAUAUGAAGGUACGUGCUUGUUGUCCUACUCUGGCUGCCCCUUACUCAAAUAACCAAUUGAAUUGA